AUGCCACGGCCUGUUCUCGCAGGCUGCUCACAUUCCCGAGGCCUGAAAGAGGAGGAAGUGGAGGUACAGCCCUGUUACCACCAUCACAUGCCACCUCCUCCUGAUCACAUCAAGAGUCACGUCAGCUCUGGAGACAAUCAGCUGAAAAAUUCAAGUGACCUGCCUACAUUUUCCUUGAAAGGCUCGGCUAAAAACAAGAACCGUGGGGGGGCAAGACAACACGACGGGAAAAAUAGAAAUUACAGGAAGAAAAUGUCCCGGCAGAACCUUGAACUGGAAGAGGUGACUCUUCCGGCCGAACCGCUGGGCUUGAGUUUGGAGUUUCAAGAGCCAUUAUACAAGGCGGCGACCCUUGCUGACAAUUUGUCAGACGAGGACGAGGACUGGAGAGAGACAUAUGACAAGGCACAUCUGUCAAGGAUCGCCAACAUGGCCCAGUGCGACCCAUACAAUUACAACACAACCAGGCUUUUGGGGAUGGAGGCUUUCUCUUCCUGGCCAUUCAGUGAUAACGACACGUGUAUCGGUUGCCCAUCUCAUACCAAGGCCGGUGAAAGCUACGCUGCCCACGAAGAACCUAUCGGAGAAGCAGAGUAUAUGUCUCCGCAGCUGAGCUACCAAGAGCUGAGGGAGGAAAAUUCCAUGCUGAGGAGAAAGAUCAAACGGAUCCAGAACUUCUCAGAAAGCCAAUCCCAGAUGGUGAGAAACCUCGAAAGGACUCUGCAAGCCACGGUGAAUAAAGAAGAGAAAGAAGCACAGGAUCUGGAAGUGCUGGUGCAGCAGGCUGAACAAAAUCUCCAGUGCAUGACUCAAAGGGCCUUGAAGGCGGAGAGGGAGGUUGAGCAGAUGAAACAGGAGAUGUCCUUCCUCAAGGCCGAGCUGACCUGCUACAAAGUGGAGAACGACACUUUGCGCUCCGGCCAGUCUUCCAACAUGGGGGCCGUGAAACAGCACGUCAACGUGGCGUUGCAGAACCUCCUCCGGGUCACCAACCACGCCCACGCAACCAUCCACCAGCUGGUCUUUGGAGCCGAAACGCUGUCGCUCGUGGCUGACCUCCUUAAAUCUGUAGGCAGAAUGUCUGAAGUGGAGAUGGAAGAGGAAGUGCAGGAACAAACUUAG